ACAGCAAAUCUUUCUAGAAUUCUGUAGCAGUUUCUUGCUAGCCCACGUUAGGUAGGUAGCUACAUCUGCCUUUGGCUUCAUUAAAUACAGCCAGCCGCUGCAUCGAAUACGAAUACACAUUUCUGAGAAGAGCAGCGUUCUUUCGUUUUAUGCUUUUUUGACUAAAGUUUUGGGUUAGCUUCGUUUAGCCCACCAACUUAGCGGAGUCAUAUUCCAAGCUAACGUUGUUUGCGUUAGGUCCUUGUUGGCAUAAUGUCCAGGAUAGAUUACAGCGUGUGGGACCACAUUGAGGUGUCAGACGAUGAGGAUGACACCCACCCGAACAUCGACACACCCAGCCUCUUCAGAUGGAGACAUCAGGCACGUGUGGAGCGAAUGGAUGACUUUAAGAGAAAAGGUGAAGACAUAAACAAGACACUCAAUGAUUGCCGGCGUAGGGUGGCAGAGGCACAGAAGAAAGUACAAGAGCUGACCAUUACAACAACUGAUGAUGCCAAAGCAGAGUUGAGCAAAGCUCAGGCUGAGGAGAGGAAACUGAAAAAAGAGGAACGGGAGUGGGAGAAAAAGAUGGAUGAACAUAACCGGGAAGAGAAGAAGAUGCCAUGGAACGUCGACACGCUCAGCAAGGAUGGUUUCAGCAAGAGCAUUGUUAAUGUCAUCCCUGAUUCCACUGAGGAGACUGAAGAACAGAAGGAGCAAAAGCAUAAAACCUUUGUGGAGAAAUAUGAGAAGCAGAUCAAACAUUUUGGCAUGCUGCGACGUUGGGAUGACAGCCAGAAGUACCUCUCUGACAACCCUCAUCUAGUAUGUGAAGAGACUGCCAACUACCUGGUCAUCAUGUGCAUUGACCUUGAAGUUGAGGAGAAACACGCAUUGAUGGAGCAAGUGGCUCAUCAGACCAUUGUCAUGCAGUUCAUUCUAGAAUUGGCAAAAAGCCUCAAGGUGGACCCCCGCGGUUGCUUUCGUCAAUUUUUCGCCAAGAUUAAGACAGCAGAUCAGCAGUACCAGGAUGCAUUCAACGAUGAGCUGGAGUCAUUUAAGGAGCGGGUUCGGGGCAGGGCAAAGAUCCGCAUAGAAAAGGCCAUGAAGGAAUAUGAGGAAGAGGAGCGACAAAAGCGCAUGGGACCUGGAGGGCUAGAUCCUGUUGAAGUGUACGAGUCCCUGCCAGCUGAGAUGCAGAAAUGUUUUGAUGAGAAGGACAUCCAAAUGUUACAAGACGUUAUCAGCAAAAUGGACCCAACGGAGGCGAAAGCUCACAUGAAGAAGUGCAUAGACUCUGGUCUCUGGGUCCCCAACUCCAGGACAGAUGAUGGGGAUGAAAAGGAGGAAGACGCCACCUAUGAGGAGGUGAAACAGGAGCAGGAAGAAACGAAGAAAGAAUGACCAACAACGAUCCUAUGAUUUGUUAUUUCUGCAAAUGUACUUACCCACUGUAUUGCAACUCCACAAUGUGUAUGACUAGUUUGCCAAUCACGGAACAAUCAAAUAACUUCUCGAAAAUAUUUAGCUCAGAUUUAAAGGAUUAGCUUUUACCUAACUGCACAAGUACAUAGCAUCAGUAUCUCCUGCUUGGAAAACAAACUGCUGCUUGUGUUAUGGUGUUUUAUUUGUUAGGACAUCACUAAAGCUUUAUUCGUACAUUUGUUUCUAUACACUUGUUUGUUUGCAGGGGUGUGUAUGUGCACACAUGCCUGUCUGCUUAAUUUGUGCUGUUGAAAAACAUUCUAUACAUUUUCAGUUUGUGCAUUUGACCGAUUUUUCUUGUUAUUUCCAAAUUUAAGGUUUUUCUUUGACUUCCUAGGGCUUCAGCAACCAGUGUAUUCAGAUGGUUAUUUCCCCAUUUUCUACAAACUUGCUUAAAUAUUGAUUGAAUUAUAUCCAAGUACUCAA